UAUGAGAGCAAAGGAAGAAACCACGGAGAAAAGAGGGAGAGAGGGCUGGCUGCUCGUGCAUCCUUUAGAGGGGGAGGGGGCUUUUUAUAGAACAGAAGAGAGACCGAAUCCUUCCCGGAUUCAGCUUUCUCUCCAACGUGUUCGUUGGGAGUCUUCUUCGUCAUUUUUUCUGGAACUUGGGCCGGGUUAUAACACCAAUGGUUGCAGGUAACGUUCUUCAAGUGUGGUGGGGUGUGCUUGGGAACCGCCGUGGACCACACCGCCGCAGAUGGCCUCAGCGCACUCCACUUCAUCAACUCAUGGGCCGAAAUUGCCCGAGGCAUGGAGCUCGCCGUCCCACCCUACCUCGACCGCACCCUUCUCCGAGCUCGCUCUCCACCGACCGUGCACUUCGACCAUGCUGAAUACUCGCAGAAGCCACAAGCGAAGCCUUCCAGUGGGAGCAAAUACCCUUUCGACACCGUCAUCCUUAAGCUAUCCAAGAACCAGCUCAAUUCCCUCAAGAACAUCGGCGGCGGCAAGAAGCCCCUCUCCACCUUCGAAGCAGUCGUAGCCCACGUGUGGCGAUGCGCUUGCAAGGCUCGCCAGCUUCCAAGCGAUCAGGAAACCCGAUCGUACAUAAUCGCCGAUGCGCGUCUUCGCAUGAAGCCCCCACUUCCACAAGGUUACCUUGGCAAUGCCGUCUUCUGCACGUCGGCAGUUGCGACGGUUGGAGAAGUCUUGUCCAAUCCACUCGAGUUCAGCGCGGACAAGGUCCAUGGUGCAACCGUUCGAUUAAAUGACGAAUUCAUCCGGUCGCUCGUAGACUACUUGGAGCAGCUCGGCGAUGCGAGGGGUUUGGAGAUGGGGGCACGGGUGAUGCUGGGCUCUGAUCUGUGGGUGACCAGCUGGCUGGGGCUGCCGAUAUAUGAGGCCGACUUCGGAUGGGGAAAGCCAGUGUUCAUGGGGCGCGCAUGCCUUAAGUUCAGUGGGAUGCUGUACGUCAUGAACAACCCGGGAGACGAUGGUGGUCUCUCGUUGGCGGUGGCGUUGGAGCCGGAGAAUAUGCCAAGGCUCAAGAAGAUACUCUACGAGGACUUGGAGGCUGUGGGAGGAGUGUAGGCAUGGCUUUGCUUC